UAGAGUUUGGUCGCCAUCGCCAUGUGGAAUUUGAUUUUUGGGCAGUUGGAGUGUGUAUUGAGCCAAAAUAUUCUACUUUUAGAAUUGGGUUUGCAAAGAUGGCUACCUUUGUCACUUGUUUGGAUGAUAUUUAUGACACUUAUGGAACUUUAGAUGAACUUGAAAUAUUCACAGAAGCCAUUAAAAGGUGGGAUUUAGCAUCUAUGGAAGGACUUCCAGAAUUUAUGAAGUUGACAUUCAAAGCAUUUGAUGAGGGUGUGAGGGACAUGGCUCAAGAGGCUGAAAAAUCUCAAGGUAGAGACACACUUGACUAUGCGCGUAAAGUUUGGGAAGUUUACAUAGAUGCUUACUUUCAAUAAGCAAAGUGGCUUGCUAUGGGUUAUAUACCAUCUUUGGAGGAAUAUUUAGAGAAUGGAAAAGUAAGCU